UUUGCAACAGGCCCUACAGUAAUACAUACACUGAUACACACACACAUUUGUAUAUAAAGGGGCCAAUACCACCAUCACCGAGAUUCCAAAGGAAAAAAAAUCGAAAAACCUCUUCUUCCAGAACUUGAAACAGCAGAAUUUCCAUCAAGACUGAUCCAAACGAGAGCCCCAAAUAUUCAAAAACUUCAAUCCAUGUCGGAAAGAGGAGAAUAUUCUCCUCCGGCGGCUAUUCCGGCGAUGUCGGCCGUCCCUCUUAGCUGCAUCAGCGAACUCGCAGCGAUGACCGUGAAGAAGAAGAAGUGCAAUAACCAGAAGAGAUUCAGCGAUGAACAGAUCAAGUCAUUGGAGCUCAUGUUCGAGACAGAGACGAGGCUUGAACCCAGGAAGAAGGUUCAACUGGCCCGAGAACUCGGGUUGCAGCCGAGGCAGGUGGCUAUAUGGUUCCAGAACAAGAGGGCGCGUUGGAAAUCCAAGCAGCUCGAGAAGGAGUACAACAUUCUCAAAGCUAAUUACAACAACUUGGCUUCCCAGUGCGAAGCUCUGAAGAAAGAAAAGCAGGCUUUGGCUUCUGAGUUGCAGAGGCUGAACGAGCUGAUGCAGAAAUCGCAGGAGGAAGUGCAGUGUUGUGGGCAAGGCGCGGCUCUAAGCAGCACGGAUCAUGAGUCGGAUAACGGCGAGAACGCGAGGUGUGAACCUGAAGUGAAGCAUGAGAACGGACCAUGGGCUUUGUCCGACGACGACAACAACAUCAAGGCAGAGUAUUUCGGGCUCGAUGAAGAUCCAGACCUUAUGGGCAUCGUGGAACCAGCUGAUAGUUGCUUAACCUCAUCCGACGACUGGGGAGGGUUCAAGUCUGAUGCCCUUUUGGACCAAUCGAGCAGCAGCUAUCCAUGGUGGGAUUUCUGGUCCUGAAAGUUGAAAAAACAGAUGCAUAUGAAGAAUGAUUCGGCGGGCUAUGAGGAUCGGAACGUUUCUAAAGCAUUAUAAACAAUAUCAGAAGGAUUGAGCAGAAUAUAGAGACGUUCCACAGACUCUGUUCGCUAUCCAGCAAAUGGGUUUGUCGCUCGCACGACUUUACAGGGAUUUAGAGCUGAAAAAUGUUACCAACAAAGCAGUCAACACUUUGCGUUUGUGUAUAAACUCUCUCUCUCUCUCUCUCUCUCUCUCUCUCUCUCUCUCUCUCUCUCUCAAUCCUGCUUAUGUGCUCUAGUGUUGUAUA